AGCUACUGCAGUGGGGAUAUCUAUGGGAGGAUUUCAUCUUGGAAAUGUUGUGGGCUUAGUACUAACUCCCAUGGCCAUGUCAUCGAUUGGAAUAGCUGGCCCUUUCAUUUUAUUCUCGUCUUUCGGAUUCCUCUGGCUAACAACAUGGGCAUAUGGGGUUGCAAAUGAUCCGCGAGAAAGCCAAUUUAUCAGCAAAUCAGAGCUACGGUUGAUCCAAUCUGGGAAGUCUGAUGCUUCAAUAGACAAGGCCAAGCUUCCAUCUCUACGCCUCUUACUGUCAAAAUUACCCACAUGGGCAAUUAUCUUUGCUAAUGUUACUAACAAUUGGGGUUACUUCAUUCUUCUCUCAUGGAUGCCGGUUUAUUUUAAAACUGUAUUUAAUGUGAAUUUAAAACAAGCAGCUUGGUUUAGUGCGGUCCCAUGGGGAACAAUGGCGGUUUCAGGCUACGUUGCAGGAGUAGCAUCGGAUUUCUUAAUCAAAAAAGGGUAUUCUAUAACAUUAGUCCGGAAAAUCAUGCAGUCAAUCGGAUUCAUGGGGCCAGGGGUGUCAUUGCUGUUGUUGAACUAUGCAAAGACACCAGUAGUUGCAUCCAUGUUCAUCACAGCAGCCCUGAGCUUGAGCUCUUUCAGCCAAGCUGGAUUUCUCCUCAAUAUGCAAGUAAGUUCAUCAACAUUUUUCAUUAUUGCACAAUUUUUUAUUUGCAAAACUAGAGCAAUUUAUGCUUUCUUAAAACAAUUAAUUAUAGUUCUUCAAUAACUUUGGUGUACAUAAAUGUUUUGUACACAAAUAAAAAACAAAAGAAAAAACCAUGCUUGGUUGCUGGAGGUGGUGGCCUGAGUGUCGCUAAGGGUUGCUAGAAGUCACUGGAGGGUUGCUGGAGCUCA